UCUCUCUCUCUUUUUCUACAUCUUUUCGUUUUUUUUCUGCUUCACAAUGACUGUUUCUCUUUUCAAUGCACUUCCUUCUAUACAACGCAAUAAAAAGACAAUAGAGAACAAGCCGCAAUUUAAGCGUCAACCACUUCAAUUCAAAUUAUCUCGCAACCAUGGCAGAACUACAUCUGUGCCUGCUGUAUUGCCUAGCCAUCGAAACAUGAACGUCUUAUUAGAUGCCAUUGAUCUCGACCAACAAAUGCGUCAGUUUUUUAAAGCUCAAGUCAUGAAAUCAAAAGCAUGUACUGCUACAUUUAUGCCUACAGCCACUCCUCCUUCUAUCAUGAUGGCCAGACGUCGAAGCAAAUCAGCUCCAGGUGCUCCACCUUCUUAUCACCAACAACGUGCCUUCAAUGCUCGUUGGACUGCACCUCAUUGUAACACCACUGUCACUAGUGCAUCUGAAGCAGAAAAGGUUGCUCAAUUCAUUGUACAACAACAUUUUGAAUCUGUCAAAAAGAGAUAAACUUUUUCUUUCUAUCUUAUCCACUCAUUUUCCAUUCAUUAUAUAUUAUUCAUUCAUUAUCCCUUUCCUGUAUUUCUUAUCCAUGCCUUAUUGUAGUAGUUUUUUAACCUCCCUUUUUUUAUUCUAUAUUUAUUCAAUAAAAAACAAAAAAGAAAGAGAGAGAGAGAGAAAGAAAAUAUCUUAGCUCCUUCAUUCCUUUGAAUCAAA